CGGCACAGUCCCAGGUUGCAGAGCGGUGGCAUGGCGUCCAAGAUGGAGGCGCUCCAGCGCUACAUGGCAGGUGGGGCCAAGGAAGAGAAGAAGAAGAAGCGCAAGGCCAAGAGCUCGCAUGUGGGCAUGCGCGUGAUCGAUGACGACGACGACUGGCGCGAGCUUGCACCCAAGGGCAAGAAGACCGACUUGUGGCAGAACGAGACUGGCGAUGUGGAUGAAGACUUACCGAUGGUCGUCGAAACGGACUACGACCCCGAGAAUCAGCCCGUCGUCGCCAACGCCGAGGAGUUUUUCGAGCGCGAGCGGGCCGACGAGCUCGAGCAGCAGUGGCAAGAAGACGAAGCCAACGCCCGUCGCGCCAAGGCAGCAGAACCUGAUGCGUCGCCUCCGCGCAAGUCCCGGCGAUCCGACACGCCACCACGACGGGCAGUUGACGAUGCCUCGCCGCCUCGUCGGGCGACUUCUGGGGACGCGUCCCCGCCUCGGCGACGAGCUCGUGACACUGACAGUGACGCCUCGCCCCCGCGUCGCUCCCGCAAAGAUCAAAGCGAAGAUGCAUCACCACCCCGGCGCCGUCCCGCGGACCGCGGCGAUGCCUCGCCCCCGCGUCGGUCCCGAUUCAGCCAAGUUGCCUCGCCACGACCUCGUCAGGAUGCGUCACCUCCGCGCCGGCAACGCGAAGACGCCUCGCCACCCCGUCGCACCCGACCCGCAUCUUCGUUGCCGCGUGACGCUUCACCGCCUCGAGUCUCCAAGCGCGAGAGUGCGCCGUCGUCGCCGCCACCGCGAGAUGCCUCGCCUCCGCGCCGCCGUUCGGAUCGUCGUCGACGAGAUGAGUCCCCUUCACCUCAACGCCGGCGGUCGAGAAGCAAGCGCCGGUCCCGGUCCGCGUCGCCUCGUCGCCGACGAAGCCGUGAGCGGUCGCCGCGCCGUGAUCGCCGCAGCAAAGAACGAUCGUCCUCUCCUCGUCGCCACCGCCGUGACAGCCCGUCGCCACGCCGCGACCGCCGGCGUCGAUCUCGCAGCCCUCGCCGAUCCCGCAGCCCCCGCCGGUCACCAAGCGCUCACCAAUCCCGCGCACGGUCGCCCCCACCAGCGGCGUCGCGGGCCGAGACCAACGAAGCUGCGGACGACGCCCCGACACCACCUCAGCGGUCGUCACCUGUGAAAGCGCCGGGCGGCGGCGUCUUUACGGGCAAAGAGUUCCGUCAAGAGAGCGAGCGGGCGCGCAAGCAGCAAGGCGCGCUCUUCGAGGACGAAGCGCUGAUGGGCAAGCAAGCCGAGACGGUCUACCGUGACAAGCGCGGGCGCAAGCUGGAUAUGCUCAUGGAGAUGGAGCGGCAACGCGAGAUCCACGAGGGCAAGCGCAAGCGUGAGGCGCUCGAAGAAUACGAGUGGGGCACAGGCAAGGUUCGGAAGGAAGAGCUCAAGAACCAGCGCGAACAGCUCGAAGAGAUCAAGGCCAAGCCUUUUGCGCGCUACAAGGACGAUGGCGAGCUCGAUGCGGCGCUCAAGCACCGCCCACGUAACUUUGAUCCGAUGGAGUCGUCGCUCUUCAAGGACGACGCCAAGGAGCUUUUGGAGAAGACGUCGAAAAAGUCCAAGAAGAGCAAACCGCGCUACUCGGGCCCGUCGGCGCCACCGAACCGCUUCAACAUCCCGCCGGGCUACCGCUGGGACGGCGUCGUGCGCGGCAACAACUGGGAAGAGAAGGUGCUCCUGCGCCAGAACAAGAGCCAAGCCGACAAGGCCGACGCGUACCAGAACGCGACCGCCGACAUGUAGUUGCAAAGUAUCAACUUGACUUUCUAUAUAUGCUUGCGCUCGUUUUGCUGCAAA